AUGGACACACGCACAGGCCGGCACCUGGCCACAUUCUCGCAUCGGGCGGGGUCGAGCCUCUACACCCUGACCACUGAGUCUCCUCCUGUCCCUACGUCUGGCCCGGUAGCUGUGUCGGGUCGGAUGAUUGCUGCUGCGUCCCGGUCUGGUCCUGAGUGUGCCCCCUAUUCGUGUCGCCUCCUGUCUCACGAGACUCUUCUGUGGCACCACCGUCUUGGCCACCCCUCCUUGACUCGUCUUCGGGGCAUGGCUUCCUGUGUCCUUGUCUCUGGUCUCCCCCGGUCUCUCCCUCCCCUUCCUUUGGGACCAGAACCUUCCUGUGUCCCCUGUGUCGAGGGGCGCCUCCGGGCUGCCCCUCACUCUUCCCAGUUUCCUCCGACAGAGGCUCCUCUCCAGACACUUCACAUGGACGUGUGGGGCCCGGGCCGCGUCCGUGGGCAGGGUCACGAGCGCUACUUCCUGCUGGUGGUUGACGACCACUCGCGUUACACCACAAUCUUCCCCUUGCGCAGCAAGGGUGAUGUCACUGAGACCUUGAUGCUUCCGGACUCCCCACAGCAAAAUGGGAUUGCUGAGCACCGCAUUGGCAUGGUCAUGGACGUCGCUCGUACGUCCAUGAUGCAUGCGGCUGCCCCCCAUUUUCUGUGGCCGUUUGCGGUUCGGUACGCGGCGCAUCAGCUCAACCUUCACCACAGGCACGUCACAUUCGACGAGUCGGUCCCCUUCUACUGUCUCUUCCCCUACCGCACUCCUUCCCUCCCCCCACCGCUGCACUUCCUUGUGCAAGGUCCCCCCCUGGUAGACCCCCUUCCUCCUCAGGGUCCUGCCCCGUCUGGUGUGUCCCAGGUUGACCCCGUCGAGCCGGUCGAGGUUGCUGGUGACUCUGGUACUGCUGCAGGUACUGAGCCUGGGGGUGAUGACUCUGGGGGUGCCGUGCGCGUGGGUGCUGAGCCUGGGGGUGCUGAGUCUGGGGGUGCUGAGUCUCGGGGUGCUGCGACAGGGGGUUCUACGCCUAGGGGUGCUGAGCCUCAGGGUACUGCGACUGGGGGUGCUGAGCCUGGGGGUGCUGAGUCUGGGGGUGCUACGUCAGGAGGUGCUGAGCCAGGGGGUGUUGCGUCAGGAGCUGCUGAGCCUUGGGGUGCUGCGUCUGGGGCUGCUGCGCCUGGAGGUGCAGAGCCUGCGGCCGCUGGACCUCCCCUUGUGGCGUCUGGCGGUGCUGGGCCUGGAGGUUCUCCGGGUGCUCUGUCUCGGCGGGAGCCACUCUCUCCACAGGAGCUGCGCGAGUGGUUUGCUCGCUGCUUGAGGCGUGCUUCUGGAGCUGGAGCUUCUUCAGUCGCUGAGGGUGCUGGUGCCGCCGGUCCCGGAGCUGCUGGGGCUGCGAGUCCUACUGGAGCUGGAGCUGCUGAGGGUGUUGGUGCUGAGACUGCUGCUGUCUUUCCUAGCGGUGGUCCUGCUGCUGGUGCUGCUGGAGGUCCUGCCGCUGGAGGUGCUAUUGGCGCUGGUGCUGCCGCUGAGGGUGCUGGUGCUGUCCCUGCUGUGUCUGGAGUUGCCGAGCGGCCUCGGUCUCACCGUCAUUGUUAG